AUGUUUACUAAAAGUAUAAUAUCUAAAUCAACUACUAGACUUACUCAAUUAACUAGACAAUUAUCAACAACUAUGGCUCCAACUUUAACAAAGAAUUCACUCAAACAUUUUGAUUAUUUAGUCAUUGGUGGUGGAUCUGGCGGUGUUGCUUCUGCUAGAAGAGCUGCCAAGUAUGGUGCCAAAGUAUUAUUAAUUGAAACAAAAUUCAAAAAGCUUGGUGGCACUUGUGUCAAUGUUGGAUGUGUUCCUAAAAAAGUUAUGUGGUAUACUGCCGAUUUAGCUCAUAAAAAACAUGAUUUAUAUGCUUAUGGAUUAGAUAAAGACCAAGAAUCAAUCAAGUAUGGUGAUUUUGAUUGGGCUAAACUCAAACAUAAAAGAGAUGCUUAUGUUUCCAGAUUGAAUGGAAUUUAUGAAAACAAUUUGAAACGUGAAAAAGUUGAUUUUGCAUAUGGGUUUGCUAAAUUCAUUAAUUCUGAUGGGGAAGUUGAAGUCACUUUACUGGGUGACCAAACAUUACCAUUUUUGGAUGAUGGAAAAACUUAUAAAGAAGGUGAGAAAUUGGUAUUUUCUGCUGACAAGACUUUGAUUGCUACUGGUGGCACAGCAAUUGUUCCUCCUUCGGUUCCUGGUGCAGAAUUAGGUACCACAUCUGAUGGAUUUUUCGCUUUAGAAAAACAACCCAAAAAAGUUGCCAUUGUCGGUGCUGGUUACAUUGGAGUUGAAUUAUCAGGAGUAUUUAGUAGUCUUGGCUCGGAAACCCAUUUCUUUAUUAGAGGGGACACUGUUUUGAGAAACUUUGAUGAAGUGAUCCAGAAUACUGUUACUGAUUACUAUAUUGAUAAUUUGGGAAUCAAUAUUCAUAAACAAUCAACUAUCACUAAAAUUGAAGGUAGUAAGGAUAGUAAAAAAGUUGUUCAUUUGAAAGAUGGUACUUCUGUGGAAGUAGACGAAUUAAUUUGGACUAUAGGUAGAAAAUCAUUGAUUGAUAUUGGCUUAGACAAAGUUGGUGUGAAAUUGAAUGAUAAACUACAAAUUGUUGCUGAUGAAUACCAAGUUACCAACAAUCCAAAAAUAUAUUCUCUUGGGGAUGUUGUUGGAAAAGUUGAAUUAACACCAGUUGCCAUUGCUGCUGGUAGAAGAUUAUCUAAUAGAUUAUUUGGUGGUCCAGAAUUUGCUAAAGAUAAAUUGGAUUACAACAAUAUUCCAUCAGUGAUUUUCUCACAUCCAGAGGCUGGUUCUAUUGGUUUAUCAACAAAGGAAGCCAUUGAAAAAUAUGGUGAAGAGAACUUGAAAAUAUAUCAAUCCAAAUUCACUGCCAUGUAUUAUGCUAUGAUGGAUGAUCAAAAAGAUAAAUCACCUACUGUUUACAAGAUUAUUUGUGCUGGACCGGAAGAAAAAGUUGUUGGUUUACAUAUUGUAGGUGAUUCAAGUGCUGAAAUCUUGCAAGGUUUUGGUGUUGCCAUUAAAAUGGGUGCAACCAAGAAAGAUUUUGAUAAUUGUGUUGCUAUUCACCCUACAUCAGCUGAAGAAUUGGUCACAAUGACUUGA